GGGCACACAUACACAGGACCAAAUCUUAGAAGGAUUUUUCAAGACAUUUCACAACCCCGUACUAAUCCACUAUACAACCUGACACAAGCUGAUGUUCCAGACCUAUAUUAUGAAUAUAAAUCUACCUCCGUUUCCUCUGUUUAUUUUGCUGGUGCUGCAUGCACAGCUGUCGAAGAGCUACCCAAAAGUAGUUAUUGCAUCUCGAAAUGGUGGACCUUACCUUCUUUGCCAACAUGUACCUCCAGUGGAUUCUAAGUUUAAUCUAACCUUGAUGAAAGGCAAUACGAAACAAGAAGUGUGUAUGGUGUACAGUGAUGGGAAAAGUACUGCCUUUUAUACCUGGAAUGACAACCCUACAUGUAACUGGGCUGCAUCCAAUAAUAGUAUUUCCUUCACUCUCUCCAAUUUUGAUGUCAAGCACACCGAUAAUUACACUUGUGUGAUUUUGAUUUUUUUUUCCCCUCCAGUUCAAAAUUUUAUUAUAAAUGAGACGUAUGUUUACAUCCACGAUUUACAGCAGUGCGCUGUAAUGCAAGUAUUUAAUAUAUGGAUAUUGACUGGUCUUGCUGUAUUUCUAUUUCUGUGCUGCAUUUUAACAUUCUGUUUUUGGAUGCAAAAAAGGCAUCAGAGGAAAACUUUAACUCAAGACAAUAUUCAGAAUAAUGAAUGCAACAGUGAAUAUAUGCCAAUGGCAUCUGUCAAUCCAGCUAAACGCCCAAUUAUUCCAAGACUAUGAGUUGCAUACAAUGACAAACAACGGUAUAUUAUAAUGCUGAAAACCGUAAUAGGUAUAUAGAAACAACCCCUUUCAUUUCACAUCACCUGUUAUUGUUCAGAGUAAAUAUAUGAAAUAUAAAAUGAAUAUGCCCACCCUGUUAUAUGAAAUUCAUGCUGCUGCUAUACACCA